AUGGCUGCUGCCAAGCGCACUGAGAUUGAAGCUGUAUCUCGGGCCUUUGGUAGCCUCACAAUCACCGUUGGGGUGCUUCGAUUGUAUACUAGGAUACGGCUGACCGACAAAGCUGGCUGGGAUGAUGCUUUAUCACUUUUUCAUUGGCAAGCACCUGAAUGGUAUCAGCGACACAGAGGCCAGGAUCCAAGCAUUCAAGUACACGGUGAUGCGCCCAACUUCUCGGUAUCCUAUAAUAACUUUGCCCGCCGAUCUCGCCGAUCGACAUCGGGUUACGAGUUGAGCGGCCCCGAUUUCAAGCUGAAGCCCAGCCCCGUGGCACGGCGCAUGCCGGACCAAUCGCUAAUCGAAACCCAUAUAGAUGCGGCUACGCCGCGAGAUGACCACGGUAGCCAGGAAAACAUUCUUCAAGCAGACAAGGCACAUGAGCCAUAUAUCAUGAAAACCACGGGUUUUCGUGUCCACGAGCAUGGAUAG